AUGAAACCUGCGUUCAAGUCGUCCGAUCUGACGGUCGCUGCACCUAAGGAGAUCUAUAACUGGCACGUCUACAUCCUCGCUAUUGUGUCGUCUAUGGGAGCGUUCAUGUUUGGAUAUGAUUUGGCUUUCAUCGGAACUGCUAUCACCCUCAAACCAUUCAUCAGGGAUUUCGGACUCAAAGGCGCCUCGGCCGAAAGGUCAGAUGCAUUCGCGGCAAACAUUGUGUCGCUGCUCCAAGCAGGAUGCUUCUUCGGCUCCCUUAUCGCAGCUCCUCUGGGCGACAAGUUGGGGAGAAGAAUUACGUUGAUGAUUACUGGAGUUGUGUUUUGCCUUGGAUCACUCAUGCAGACAGUUUCAUUCGGUAGCACUGCAGCAAUGUUCGUCGGUAGAGCUAUUGGUGGUCUUGGCGUUGGAGCUGCAAGCAUGCUUGUGCCCUUGUAUGUCGCCGAAAUCUCCCCACCAUCGAUCCGAGGUCGCCUGGUCGGUAUCUACGAGAUGGGUGUCCAGAUCGGCACGUGUAUCGGCUUCUGGAUCAAUUACGGAGUGACGAAGCACGUGGCAGCAACUUCAACACAGUGGCGCGUACCUUUCGCCGUCCAGCUCAUCCCUGGAGGUCUCCUGGUCCUCGGUAUGAUCUUCCUUCCAGAGUCACCGAGAUGGAUCGCUCGCUUCAAGGGCCGUGAUGAAGCAGUUGCAGCUCUUUCAAAGCUCAGGAACCUCCCAGUAGAUCACGAAUACGUCGUCGAGGAGAUCUAUCGCGUCAUGGACCAGAUUGAUCAGGAGAGACUUGCUACUCACGGCAAGGGCCUCAUCGCGGAAUUCCGUGAGAUGGCCAUGCCGGGAAAUAGGAACAGAAUCACCAUCGGAGUCUUCAUCUUCAUCUUCAUGCAGAUGGCUGGGAGCAAUGCGAUCAACUACUACUCGCCUCGCAUCUUCAAAAGUAUUGGUCUGACAGGCUCUAAUACCGGCCUCAUCUCCACCGGAGUGUAUGGCAUCGUGCGCCUAAUUGCCAUCACUAUCACAAUGUACUGGAUCGUCGAUAGAUUCGGUCGAACCAAGCUGCUUAUUGUAGGAAGCGCUCUUGCUGCUGUUGCUAUGUACUCCAUCGGCGGUAUCGUAAAACAUAACCCAAUCUCUGCUACUGCCAAGCCUGCAGGCGUCACUGCUAGUGGGUACGGUGCAGCUGUCAUGGUCUACGUCUUUGCAGUUGCCUUCUGUCUCUCGUGGGCUGGAGUGCCAUGGAUCUACUGCAGCGAGAUCUUCCCUCUUCGUAUCCGCAGUCUCUGCGUGGCAAUAUGCACAGCAACUCACUGGCUACUGAACUUCGUGAUUGCUCGGAGUGUGCCGUAUAUGCUCACGAAUAUCGGAUACGGAACAUACUUUGUAUUCGCCGCAUGCAUGACACUGGCAGUACCAUUUGUGUACUUGUUUGUCCCAGAAACCAAAGGACUGUCGCUUGAGGAUAUGGACGCAUUGUUCGGUAUCACUGGUGCAGACCGGCACCUUUUCCCCCGCAUCGACGAUGCCGAGAAAGGCGACUCCGCGGUCGAGCACAAGGAGUGAAGUCGGUCAGGGUUGACUUAGCGGGGUUCAUGUGGAUUUUGAUACGCA